GCGCUCAUCACUAGUUGGCUUGCGUGUUUUUUUGUUUCACUUAUCUUACCAAACGUUUUCUGUGGAUUUUAUAAAUUAGGUAUAUAAAUAUUGUAGUUCUUAUGUUCAUAAUGCAAUAUGGACGAACUGCAACAGCUGGAGUACCUUUCGCUGGUGUCAAAAAUCUGCACAGAGCUUGAUAACCAUUUGGGUAUUAACGACAAAGAUUUAGCCGAGUUCAUCAUAGAUUUGGAGCACAAGCACCGCAGCUACGAGUCGUUUCGUAAAGCGCUACUGGAAAAUGGUGCUGAAUUUCCCGAUUCUCUAGUGCAAAAUUUGCAGCGUAUCAUUAAUUUAAUGCGACCUAGUAGAGCUGAUGGCGAUGCUAAAAUACCGGCUGGAGAGGAAGGCAAGGGAGACAAAAAAUCGCAACUAAUGAAAAUGUUUCCCGGCUUAGCUCUGCCUAAUGACAAAUACAGCAGCAAGCUUGGCGAGGACGGGGCGAGCGAAGACGAAGAUCCCAAGCACAAGUUGAAAAUAAGGAAAAACGAAAUGAGCGAUGUGGAUGCGGCCAUGAUGGAACUAGAGGCUCUGGAGCCUGGCGACCGAAAGGAGCAACAGUCAGUAAAAGAGAACAGUAGUAGCUCACGUGAUCGCCACAAGAACAAAGAACGCAGUCGCAGUCGCGAGAGAGACCGCGAUAGGGAUAGGGAUAGGCAUCGAGAAAGGGAACAAGAUAGGGAUAGGAGAAGGGAGAACGAUAAGCAUAGAGAACGAGAUAAGGAUAACCACAGAGAAAGGGAACGAAAUAGGGAUAGAGAGCGAGAUAAGGAACAUCGUCGCCGGCGUAGCAGGUCUCGAGAGAAACGUGAUCAUGAUCAUGAUCGUGACCAUCGAAAACGUCGCUCCAGUUCCCGAGAGCGUCACGACAGACACGAGCAACGCAGACGACGCUCCCGUUCCCGUUCUCACGAGCGCAGCAGUCGCCAUCAACAGCAGGCACAGCAGGAGAAAAUGCCACCACCAGCAUCUGGGAUGAGCGAUGAUCCAGAGCUCGGUAUGAUUUACUCCGGAAAGGUAGCGAACAUCGUGCCAUUUGGUUGCUUCGUGCAGCUGUUCGGCCUGCGCAAACGCUGGGAGGGUCUGGUGCAUAUCUCGCAGCUACGCGCCGAAGGACGCGUCACCGAUGUCACCGAGGUGGUGGCACGCAAUCAGACAGUGAAAGUGAAGGUGAUGUCGCUGACUGGCCAAAAGGUAUCGCUGUCAAUGAAGGAGGUCGAUCAAGAGUCUGGGCGAGAUCUCAAUCCACUGUCGCAUGCACCCGAGGAGGAUGAGCUGGCAUUACGGGAUCGCAAUCCCGAUGGACCUUACAACAGCACCUCCUCCAUGCUCAAUCUGCAAGGCAACAACAUUGAUGGCGAUGAGCACGAGUCCCGCAAGCGAGUGACGCGCAUCUCCAGUCCUGAACGUUGGGAGAUAAAGCAGAUGAUUAGCUCGGGUGUGCUUGACCGCAGCGAAAUGCCUGAUUUUGAUGAGGAGACUGGGCUACUGCCCAAGGAAGAGGACGACGAAGCGGAUAUUGAAAUAGAAAUUGUGGAGGAGGAGCCUCCCUUCCUCUCUGGACAUGGACGAGCAUUGCAUGACCUGUCGCCCGUGCGAAUAGUUAAAAAUCCAGAUGGCUCGCUCGCCCAGGCAGCGAUGAUGCAGUCCGCCUUAUCGAAGGAGCGACGUGAACAGAAAAUGUUACAGCGGGAACAGGAAAUGGAAGCAGUACCCAGCAAUCUCAACAAGAACUGGAUCGAUCCGCUGCCCGAGGAUGAUUCUUCACGUCAUCUGGCAGCCAAUAUGCGCGGCAUGGGCGCCGCUCCACAGGAAGUGCCUGAGUGGAAGAAACACGUCAUCGGGGGCAAAAAAUCCUCCUUUGGCAAGAAGACCGAUCUGACGCUCGUCGAGCAACGCCAAUCUCUGCCCAUUUAUAAGCUCCGUGACGAUCUUAUCAAGGCCGUCACUGAUAAUCAAAUUCUCAUUGUCAUUGGCGAAACGGGAUCCGGCAAGACCACACAAAUUACACAGUAUCUGGGCGAGUGUGGAUUUACGGCCAGGGGUAAGAUUGGAUGCACCCAGCCUCGUCGUGUGGCUGCCAUGUCGGUGGCUAAGCGAGUGGCCGAGGAGUUUGGCUGCCGACUGGGCCAGGAGGUGGGCUAUACGAUACGUUUCGAGGAUUGUACCAGCCCGGAGACAGUAAUCAAGUAUAUGACGGACGGUAUGUUGUUGCGCGAGUGUCUGAUGGAGGCGGAGCUGAAGACGUAUUCUGUCAUCAUGUUGGAUGAAGCUCACGAGCGUACGAUUCACACAGAUGUACUCUUCGGGCUGCUGAAGACGGCCGUCCAAAAGCGACCUGAACUUAAGCUGAUUGUCACAUCGGCCACGUUGGAUGCGGUGAAGUUUUCGCAGUAUUUCUUUGAAGCUCCUAUUUUUACGAUACCUGGACGCACGUUUCCCGUGGAAGUACUGUACACUAAGGAACCAGAGACGGACUACUUGGAUGCGUCACUUAUAACUGUAAUGCAAAUCCAUUUGCGUGAGCCACCCGGCGAUAUACUGCUCUUCUUAACAGGACAGGAGGAGAUUGACACCGCCUGCGAGAUACUCUACGAGCGCAUGAAAAGCUUGGGUCCAGAUGUUCCCGAGCUAAUCAUACUGCCUGUGUAUUCAGCACUUCCUUCCGAGAUGCAAACCCGCAUCUUCGAUCCAGCACCCGCGGGCAGUCGCAAAGUGGUGAUUGCUACGAAUAUAGCGGAAACAUCGCUUACCAUCGAUGGUAUCUUCUAUGUGGUCGAUCCCGGCUUUGUUAAACAGAAGGUAUACAAUUCCAAGACGGGCAUGGAUUCCCUUGUGGUCACGCCCAUUUCCCAGGCAGCUGCAAAACAGCGUGCCGGCCGUGCUGGCCGUACUGGGCCCGGGAAAUGCUAUCGCCUCUACACGGAGCGCGCUUAUCGGGAUGAGAUGCUGCCAACACCAGUGCCAGAGAUCCAACGUACAAAUCUGGCCACCACAGUGUUGCAGCUGAAAACGAUGGGCAUCAAUGAUUUGCUGCACUUUGAUUUCAUGGACGCGCCACCUGUUGAGUCGUUGGUCAUGGCAUUAGAGCAGCUACAUUCGCUCUCUGCGCUCGAUGAUGAGGGUCUGUUAACACGUCUUGGUCGUCGCAUGGCUGAGUUUCCCCUCGAGCCAAAUCUAUCGAAGAUGCUCAUCAUGUCUGUUGCGCUUCAGUGCUCGGAUGAGAUCCUAACAAUUGUCUCAAUGCUCAGCGUACAGAACGUGUUUUAUAGACCCAAGGAUAAACAGGCGUUGGCCGAUCAGAAAAAGGCCAAGUUUAAUCAAGCAGAGGGUGAUCAUCUAACUCUGCUGGCGGUAUAUAACAGCUGGAAGAACAACAAAUUCUCGAACGCCUGGUGCUAUGAGAACUUUGUGCAAAUCCGCACGCUGAAACGUUCGCAGGAUGUACGGAAGCAACUGCUCGGCAUCAUGGAUCGCCAUAAGCUAGACGUUGUUUCAGCUGGCAAGAAUUCGGUGCGCAUACAAAAAGCCAUAUGCUCCGGGUUCUUUAGAAAUGCAGCCAAAAAGGAUCCACAAGAAGGCUAUCGCACCCUUGUUGAUUCGCAAGUAGUUUAUAUACACCCAUCUAGCGCUCUAUUUAAUCGACAGCCCGAAUGGGUUAUCUACCAUGAGCUGGUGCAAACGACAAAGGAGUAUAUGCGCGAAGUAACAACUAUUGAUCCCAAAUGGUUAGUGGAGUUUGCACCAUCCUUUUUCCGUUUCUCUGAUCCUACCAAACUCAGCAAAUUCAAGAAGAACCAACGACUGGAGCCGCUCUACAACAAGUACGAAGAGCCAAACGCGUGGCGGAUAUCGCGCGUGCGUCGCCGUCGUAAUUAAUAUGCUCAAUUUGUGUCUAGUUUCUUUUUGUAUUCAAUAAAAGCUAAGUAACAAUAAAUAUAAGUUCAAGGUUCCCUCAGUAUCCCUUGUGGCCACGAAAACGUUGUCUAUUAUCAAGCUGAAA